AUGGCCGAGCUGCACACAAACGUGCUUCUCUCUCAAGCCAUCAAUAAACACUCCUCGGGGAAAUUCAUUCCCAUACUACCGCAGGACCUGGAACAACGCGAUCUGAGCCCUCACGCGAUCAGGGACGAAGAUUUGCGUGCCCUGUUAUCCUCCGAUCUGGCACUGUUCACCUACGACGGCGCAGAACUUGACGCUGGCACGGUAGUCGAAUACAUGGUCGCCAAAAUGGCAGACAUCCCCAGCGUCAUUCUACGGACCGACUUCCGCGGUGCCGGUGACCAAGGGAAGGCUGGUGACCCGUGGAAUCUCAUGAGUUCGAAUUGGCCACGCACGGUUGGUGUCUCGGUCAACGCCAUGGUCGGGUACAAAGAAAGUCUAGCGAAGGCAUUUAGCGAAGGUCAAAAGACCACCGGCGGCGAGUACAUGAUUGACGACGUUGCUCAGAAAGUGGUCGCCGGUUUUGAACAGGCUAUGAGGCAACCGCCUAGGCUACCAAAGGAACUCAGAGGGCCUGUCUACCAAUGGCUUGCACUCAUGCCGGGUUUCAGGGAUGGGAACGACGAAUCUAAUCUCGCGAGGUUGUCGAAGCUGUGUAUGGAAAAGCAGGAUAAAGGGCUGUUGUAG